AUGGCUUUUUGUUUUGGUUCAUUCUUUUCGAAGUACGCUUCAUCCAAAUCAGGUUCUCAGGCAAGGUACCGUUUUCUUCAUUCCUCGGCUAAAAUUGCUGCCGGCGCCACCGGUGCAUUGCUUUUGGGCGGUGCCACCGUGGCCUUAUGUUAUUUUCCCUCGGGACGAAAGGUCACGGAGGCACCGCCGUUUGAUGUGAACUCACUAAGAAGGGACAUUGAAGAAAUACUCUCCGAGGAUAUGUCUAAAGGGCCUCUUUUUGUGCGACUCGCGUGGCACGAGGCUGGAUCAUGGGACUGCCGGAAAAAGGAUGGGAGUCCUAAUUCCGCUUCGAUGCGAUUUCACCCAGAGUGCAGCUAUGCCGGCAACAAAGGGCUUGAUAAAGGACGAAAUGCGCUGGAAUCGCUCAAGAAAAAGUACCCGAAAAUUUCAUACGCCGAUUUAUGGUCCUUCGCAGCGGUGGUGUCGAUUGAGGCGAUGGGUGGCCCGGAGAUUCCGUGGCGGUGGGGGCGCGUGGAUGCAAAGGACGGCAGCGUUUGUGGCCCCGAUGGGCGUCUCCCUGACGCGUCCAGGAUGCAGGAUCACGUGCGGGAUGUCUUUUCACGUCUUGGCUUUAAUGAUGAAGAAACUGUUGCCUUGAUCGGGGCCCACACAUGUGGUGAGUGCCAUCUGGAGAACACGGGCUACGUGGGUCCGUGGACGCACGACAAGUAUGGCUUUGACAACUCCUUUUUUACGGAGCUUUUUGGCAACGAGUGGAUGCUGAACCCCAAUGUGAAGAAAAUGCAGUUCAUGGACAAAACCACUAACCGCCUUAUGAUGCUGCCCGCUGAUGUUUCCAUUCUUCUGGACGACAAGUAUCGUUCCAUCGCGAAGAAGUACGCGGACGACAAUGAUUAUUUUUGCAACGCCUUCAGCAAGGCUUAUCAGAAGUUGCUUGAGGUUGGAACCACCGAUCUCAAGUCUCUCCCAGCAGAGUCAAAAUAG